AGCCGCCAAGCUGCAGGCGCCAUUUUACAGGUGACCAGAGGGACGCACAACAUGUCGGGGAGAGGUAAAAGCAGUGGCGGGAAAGUCCGCGCUAAAGCCAAGACGAGGUCUUCCCGGGCCGGGUUGCAGUUCCCAGUCGGCCGAGUGCACCGUCUGCUGCGCAAGGGGAACUACGCCGACCGGGUGGGGGCCGGGGCGCCGGUUUACCUGGCGGCUGUGCUCGAGUACCUGACGGCCGAGAUCCUGGAGUUGGCGGGCAACGCGGCCCGCGACAACAAGAAGUCUCGCAUCAUCCCCCGCCACCUCCAGCUGGCCAUCCGCAACGACGAGGAGCUCAACAAGCUGCUGGGCGGCGUCACCAUCGCCCAGGGCGGCGUCCUGCCCAACAUCCAGGCCGUCUUGUUGCCCAAGAAGUCGGGCUCGGGGCCGGCGACCGGGAGCGGCGGCGGCAGCGGCGGCAAGUCCGGCGCCAAGAAGAGCUCGCAGCAGUCGCAAGACUUCUAGAGGGGGACAAGAACCAGCGGGAGGACUCGUCCCCAAGCCGUAAGAGAAAUCAUGCAAAUGGACCUUAAAAAGACUAAACAUGAACCCCUUCUCGGACCUUACAUGGACACAAGGGGCUGCGAGGCUCCUAGCUUUUCCUGUGUUUUACGCUUUUUUUUUUAAGAACAAACUUCCAUUUUUUAAAAAAUCUUUUCAAUAUCUGUAAUUCUUUUUGGUUUCAUUUUAUUUUGGUGGGGGAAACCUGAAGUAGUUCUGCUAUUUCUACAAGGAAAUGUAUUUUUUUGUUUUCUGGGGGUGUGAGAAUUGGUCAAGUGAUUGCAAUUUGAGUUUUUUUGCCACGUAAGCGGAUGGAGGUCUACACUUCAUGUAUUUUUGCCCCCACCCCCCCCUUUGAUUUCUUUGAAUUGGCGCGCUAAAGUCUAUGUUCAAGUUACCGUGUUAACAUAGGCUGUUAGUGGCUUGUUCAAGUUGUUUCGGUCCAUUAACUUGCACAAGCAAUUUCUCAACAGUGCCUUCUUCAGGAUGUUGUGCAGAGACCUGUAACAAAACGCACAUGGCUGUCCAAUGUGGGGUGUAUUUUAGUGGAGUCCUGGGUUACUCCGAUCCUGUGCGCAAUGGUGAUGUGACCAUUUUUGUUUUCGACAAAUGUGAUGCUACCUUUGUAACGUGCCUGGCUCCGCUGUUGCAACUAGGCUUCUUGUAACAAUGUUGAGGUGGUUGUGUUCUCAUGUAGGUUUCUGUCUGAUAACUGGAGUUGGAUUUCAAAAACUGCAUAAUCAAUUAUUCUGUAAGUUUGUACAGGGGCCAGAAGAAUUGUUUAACUUUUGAAGACCCAGUAAGCUGCCUUUUUAGCAGGUGUACACUGCUGGUUCAGAAUAAAGAUUUUCCUAUUUACAUAAA